AUGCUUGCGAAACACUCGCCCAAGCCGUCGAAGGAUCGUCGUCCAAAUCGGUCACAUCCCGAUCGCAACUCUGCGGCCGAAUACGACCCAAAUCCUCGCUUUCGACGAGAAAAGUCGACGCUCGACUUGACGGGCGUGUGGGACUUUGCUGCCGACGAUGACAACUUUGGACUCCAAGAGCGCUGGUACGAGCCUGGGAGCUUCCCCAGGUCUCAGCAGGAGAUCUUUGUGCCGUACACGUGCGAGACAAGUGCAUCGCAGCUGUCGGACCGACGCCAGCACAAGAUCGUCUGGUACCGACGCGAUGUCUUUCUCGCCUCGGACUCGGACACUAUCAAGUGGUCCGAAGCGCGAAAGCACCGCUACUUUAUCCACUUUGGUGCCGUAGACUACGAGAGCACCGUAUGGAUCCAAGGCCGUAUGGUCGGUAGCCACGUCGGUGGACACACUCCAUUUUCGUUCGAGAUCACCGAACACGUGUGGCGCCUGCAUGACGACAACGCUUCUUCAUCUCUCGAGAUCGUGGUGCGUGCCAAGGAUGCGCCACAAGACAUGUCGCAGCCGCGCGGCAAGCAGUACUGGAAGCAGAAUCUCAAGGGAGAGUAUCAGCCCGAAAGCAUCUUCUACACUCCCACCACGGGCAUCUGGCAGGACGUCUACCUCGCGCGUCGUCCGCUCAGGCACAUCCGAAGCGCGCAGUUUGUGUGUGACAUCGACACUGGCACCGUGCGCGCCGAAACCGAGAUCGAUCUGCUCCACACCGUCGGCACCGAAUUAGCAGCGAACUACUGGGUGCAGUUCAUCGUCAAGUUGGGUCGAAGGACGAUAUCCGUAUGCAAGACGCGCGUCAGCCGACAGACCGACAGUUGCACGGCUGUGAUCAAUGUGCGACAGGCGGGCGAGCAGCCCGAGGGCCCGAUGCGUACGCGUCUCGUCACACCAGGCGUGCUUCCACCCGAGAUGAACCGCGAUCGGUGGGACAAUGGCCUGGCACUUUGGUCGCCCGAGAGUCCAAGCCUAUAUACGGUCGAGAUGCGGCUGCUUUCCGACGACUCGGAGGAGGACCGGGUGCAGAGCUACUUUGGCAUGCGCAAGGUCUCGAUCGACGACCAAGGCCGAUUCUGCCUCAACAACCGCGUCUACUUUCAGAAGCUCAUCCUCAACCAGGGCUACUGGCCCGAAGGUGGCAUGACGACGCCCUUCUUCGACGGCUAUGCCGACGACAUCCGCAAGAUCAAGCAGAUGGGCUUCAACGGCGUGCGCAUGCAUCAGAAGGUCGAGUCGCCCGAGUUUCUCUUCGAGGCGGACCGGCUCGGAUUGCUGGUGUGGGGCGAGAUGGCCAAUGCGUACGAGUUCAGCACGACCUAUCUGGAACGCUUCACACGAGAGUGGAUCGAGGUGGUGCGACGAGACAUGUCGCAUCCGUGCAUCGUGGUGUGGGUACCGAUCAACGAGUCGUGGGGUGCUCCUGCGCUCAACACGUCGGCACAGCAGCGUGCGCACCUCGCUUCGCUCUAUCACCUCACCAAGGCACUCGAUCCAACACGACCCGUCGUCGAUAACGACGGCUGGCAACAUGUGGCGACCGAUCUGAUCACCGUGCACGACUACCGCAACGCCAACGAGCUUGCCAAGUCGUUCUCGAGCCGCGAGCAGGCGCUGCAGGAACGCGUCCCUGGCUUUCCCAUCCUGCUUGGACCUCUCGCACAGAGCGAGGAGCGCUACCGACUGCCGUUGUUGUGCACCGAGUUCGGCGGCCUGGCACUGCGCGUCGACAACGUCGGCACCACAGCCAAGGGCGUCGACUGGGGCUACGCCAACGCUUCAUCACAAGCCGACUUCCUCGAGCAAUUUGAAGCUCUCGUACACGCCCUCACACGGCCUUCCUCCGGAACCGAGUCCACUCGCCUCGUCCAGGGAUUCUGCUACACCCAAUUCGCCGAUGUCGAACAAGAAGUCAACGGCCUACUCACCAAAGAUCGCGAAUUCAAGAUCCCACCCGCCAAGAUCAAAGCCAUCUUAGACGCCAUCUAG